UAACCUAUUUUUUGUUAUUAUUCCACAUAAUUUACAACGAUGCAGAUUCAAUUAACAAAUAAAAAGUCUUUACUGUUUGGUUAGCUAUCCCUUGAAACAACACGGUAGAAUGAAGGCAUAUAAUUUCUCACACCUUCUCUCUGAUCCAAUUUUGUCCACUUUGGACCACUGAGAAUAAAUAAAGUUGCAGCUGCAUACUUGAUUUGUUACCUUUCAUAAUAAUUCACAUCUCCUUUAUGGUAUUCUCUCUUUUUGAGACCUUUCAUGAUAUGUAGUAUCCUUCUUUCAUAUGCUUUCAUUACUUGCUUAGGUUUAUUUCUACAAACCAAAAUUGACUAGUCCUCUAAUAUGUAACUUUUUUUGGCCCCAUUUAAAUCCUUCUUUUUUUUACUGCUGAAAGUUCUUCAUUUUCUUGUCUUAGAUUUUGCCAUUAUAGGCUUCAGUUCCCAUACAAGAGUUCUUCACUCAGAUUUGUUUUCCACAAAAAAAAAGGGGUUGGAAUUUUUUGGAUUAAACAUACAUACAUGGCAAUUGAACUUUGCUCAGAGAAUUGUGGGGUUUCUUCAAACUCAUCAAUGAGUCCAAGAAUCUCAUUCUCACAUGACUUCUCACAAUCUGAUGUGAUACCUGUUGAGCAGCACCCCUUUGGAUCAACAACUUCUGAUUUGGAAUCAAGCAAUGAUUUUGAUUUCUGUGUCACUGAAAGUUUUGAGCUUGUUGAGUCUUUUCCAGCGGAUGAGUUUUUCUCAGGUGGAAGGAUCAUUCCCACUGAAAUCAAGGGACCAAAGAAGAACAACAACAUCAUCAUCCAUCAAAAGGGUCAUCAUCAAUUAGCACCACAACACCCUCCUCCAUUGCCUCCACAAUCAUGUGUUACUGUUAAUCAUAAUCAUAAUCAUAAUCAUGAUCAUAAUCACCAUUAUUGCAGUAGUGGUUGUUCUAGCUCUACUAGUAGUAGGAACUUGAAGAAAGAAGGUUCAUCAAAAGAAGGAAAAUACAUGAACAAUAAUAAUAAUGAUUCAAAGUCCUUUUGGAACUUCAAGAGAAGUAGCAGCUGUGGGAAUGGAUACAGAAGAAGUUUAUGCGCUUUGCCACUUCUAUCAAGAAGCAAUUCAACUGGAUCAUCAUCCAACACCACCAAGAGGAAUCCAUUGUCAAAGGAAGCAGGUACUACAAAGCAAAAUUCACACAAACAUUCUUCUUCUUCUUCUUCUCAAUCUAUUGUUGCUCCAACAAACAUUUAUCAUCAAAAGCCUCCACUGAAUAAUAAGAGUCAUCAUCAUCACCAGCAUCAUCAUCAUGGAUCUUAUGGUAACAACAGUGUUAGAGUUGUUAGUCCUGCUCUUAAUGUUCAUUCUGCUAACCUAUUUGGUUUGGCCUCAAUCUUCUCCAACAAUAGAGAUAAGAGCAAGAAGAAGUGAUUAUUAAUUUGCAUUACAAUAACUCUAUGUACUCCAACCUAAUAUAAUUAUCAGGUUAGGUAGCCUACAUUACACCCUGCUGCGAAUCUUUCUGGAUUAUACGUUAACGCGAAAUGCUUAUACAUCA